UUAACCUAACAAUUUUAAACAGAUUUUUUAAAAUUGUUAAAAUGAAUUCAAAAGAAUCACAAUUUACCCCAGUAACACCCCACAGAUUAACAUUAGGCAUACUGAUAUACGUUUAUUGUAAUUACAGAGAUACAGAUGAAUUUAAAGAACUACGGAAAAAAGCCAUACAUUGUAAAUAUCGGCGAGAUUUUGCCGUUUUAAGUUUGAAAUUAUUACAAAGACCUGAUCUAACAUUGGAGGAGCUGCAUGAUGUCCUGCAGGAAUAUGAAAUUCCACCAGAAGUAUUGGAAACAUUUAAUGAACACCUCACCAAUAUUUACAAAAAUGGAACAGGAUUUAUGCUUGACACUGUUGAUAAUUUCAAUAGAAUCAUCCAAACUUUAUCUGAAAAGUUCCUGCCCGAUCCAAAGUUUAUUAAACUGAGGACUAUGAUUGCUAAGAACAGUGUAAUUGGUUACUUUAUGAGGAGACUGAUUGUGUGCUUUGAUAAUCUUACUUUCUCCGAAGUAACAGGGGUGUAUUUGGCAUUUAAAAAGUACUAUGAAAAAUGGAGCAACUCAGACAAAGAACACACAUCAGAAAAAACAGAACACCCAGAUAGCUGGUGUUUGUAUCAAGAACAGUGGUCCAGAAGACAAGCAGAACUUUUCAUAGCCACACAAGCAGCCCUAUUAUCUGCAAAUGAAGAGAAGGCCCUAAAACCUGCAGAACUGCAAAAGAGAAUUUCCAAUUUGUUGCAGUCCAAUCCUGAACUUGCAGAAGCUCAUUUCCUCUCGUAUUUAAACUAUGCAAGGCUUAAGGAAUUCUGUGGGGCUGUUGACAGUUUAUACCAUUGUUUUGACAAAGGUACUGUUUUUGAAAAACACACAGAUGAAAAAAGCAAAAACCAGAGAUAUGCAGCCCUAAAUUUGGCGAUUUUACACUACAAUUUUGGGCACAAAGAAGAAGCACUGGCUUCUCUUAAAGAAUCGAUAAAAAUCGCCCAAGAAGCAAAUGAUAAUGUGUGUCUGCAACAGGCUCUAUCAUGGCUGACGCGAUUAACGAACUCCAACAAGGAUAAACUCAUUGGUCACUGCAUCCAAAAAAGUUUUGAGUUGAAUCUCACCUACACGAAAUCGUUGGGUUUACAGACUUUCGGCAAGUUCAGCGCCGAAAACGCCGGAAAUCCCCACGCAGUCUUUGAGGUUCUGGCCAAAAGUGACCUAAUAAACUAUCAACACAAUCAUCGAGAUCUCAUCUGUAACAAUUAUUCCAUGAAAUCAGCCCUAUGGCAAUUUUACGGUAAAAGUGAAAUGUCCUCCUUGUGGAGCCAACUGUUCCUCCAUUUAAAUAUAGACAGUGAACCAUCAUUGACUUCUUUCUACGGUGAAGGUUUUUGUCUCGCAAUUUGCAACAUCGCCAACCAAAUGCUUUUGGAAGGUGAAUAUAAUAUAGUGAACAGUAUUCUGCAGUUUGCUAAACGGAGAUACCCCAAUGAACCGAAUUGUUUAACGUGGAUGCUUAGCGAGAAUCUGUUCGUUUUCACCAGGGCCAUGCACCAUGAAGAGUGGUUUGAUGCGGAGUGUGCGGCUCAGAAAAUCAUGGUGAUCAACAAGUAUGAGGGUUAUUUAAGAUUGGCCGAGUUGUACUAUUAUAAAGAGGACUUUAAGGAGGCUCAUAAAUGCAUCAAUGAUCUUUUGGAUAUGUUCUCUGAGGAAGAUAAAUGUAGCUAUUAUUACAUAAGGGCAAAAAUUCUGUUGGCGGAAAUACAAUUCACUAGUAGUUGUCCAGAUAUUCCCCCUGGCAUUUUAACAAUCCUGGAGAACACUUUGGUCCUGACAAGACAAUACAGGCUUGACUAUUACUCGUCCUAUAUUCAACUGCAUAUUGCAAAUAUUUUAUUUAUAAUGGCGUUCUAUGACCAAUGUAAUAAAGUUUUGGAUAAAUGUCUGAUUCAAAUAUUGGCCCAUGGUGGAAGAUUCGAUAGAGCUAGAGCUACGUUACUUUUAUUAAAAUGUCGCAUUAUCGAUAAUGACCGGGUCAGUCAUCGAGAAGAUAAGAGAGCAUAUGACGAAACUAUUGAGCUUUUGGAUAGCGUUAAGGACGAAUUUAAAAAAUUAGAAGCUUAUUCGAGAGUGAAAGAUAUGUUGUACUUAAAGGCACAUAUUUAUGAAAAAGUGGGUCUGAAAAAGGAGAGAAAUAAGGCUGCUUAUGAAUUUAGAAAAUUGGAGGAAGAACAUUGUACUAAAAAUCCAACUACUUUAAUAAAAUAUUUAUAAAUAUUUCAUGUAUAAUAAUUAAUUAAAACUCUAAUAUUUCUUUUU